UACUACUAAUAAAAGAUGUGCCAAGGGCUGGCUUCAACUUACUAUAAGCUAAUCGCUGCUUCUAACAAUCAAGAGGCAGAAAAAAGAGCACUGGACUUAAGAGCUCUGCAGAAACUCGAGUUAGACUCUUAGGACCAGGGAUAGAGUUUGAGGAGACACGAGGUUCCUUCCCCCACCUUAUAGAUACGGAAACCGAGGCCAAGAGAGAACACAAGUUUUGUCAAGGGUUUGGGAAUGGCUUUGGAGUCAGACUGAACUCAAUAUGGCCUUGGCCAACUCACUGAAACUCUCUGAGCUUGUUUCUCCAUUUGUUAGACUGUGAUAAUAAUAUGCCCUUCAUAGGGCUAUUGUUCAAAGAUUAAAUGAGGAAAUAAAUGGACAGCGCCUGGCGCAAGCAAACAGCCAGUAGCUGGUGGCUAUUAUUAUUACUAGAGCUAGGACUGAAAUCGAGGUCUCUGGACUCGCUUUCUCCUGCCUCAGGGAGAGUCCCCCGCACCAGGGCGUGGCUCUACAGCAGCUAGAGUUUGAGGACCGGCCAUCCCAUCCUCACCUCUUGCGUUUGGAACGAGCCAAGAGAAACGCGCGGGGCGAAGGGACACUAAGGGUUAAGGCGAUGAGCUUGAGAAAGCCCGAAAACUAGAAAAGCGCCCCCCACACCAGGCAGCCAAGCUAAGUAAGCCCCUCCCCUCCGCCACCGGGGCGGUCGCCGCGCGCUCUCCCCCGCCCCUCGCUUACAAGACCUAAUGAGCUCCCCCGGGAGGCCGAGCAGCGCGCCGGCCCGGAGAGAGGAGGCUGCGCCGCGCGCACCGCGCCGGGGCGGGAGCCGGGCCUGGGCUGCGGGCGGGAGGCGGCCGGGGGCGCAGCGGCCGCGCUGCGGACCGCCAGGGAGUCGCGGCGAUGGCGGUGCAGGCGGCGCUCCUCAGCACGCACCCCUUCGUCCCCUUCGGCUUCGGGGGCUCCCCGGACGGGCUGGGGGGAGCCUUCGGAGCCCUGGACAAGGGCUGCUGUUUCGAGGACGAUGAGAGCGGGACGCCGGGGGGCGCGCUGCUGGCGGGCGCCGAGGGCGGGGACGUGCGCGAGGCCACCCGCGACCUGCUCAGCUUCAUCGACUCGGCGUCCAGCAACAUCAAGCUGGCCCUGGACAAGCCGGGCAAGUCGAAGCGGAAGGUGAACCACCGCAAGUACCUGCAGAAGCAGAUCAAGCGCUGCAGCGGCCUCAUGGGCGCCGCGCCUCCGGGCCCGCCCUCCCCGGGCGCCGCCGACACGCCCGCCAAGCGGCCGCUCGCCGCCCCCGGCGCCCAGACCGUCGCGGGCCCGGCCCACGGCAAGGCCGCCCCUCGGCGGGAGGCGUCGCAGGCCGCGGCGGCUGCCAGCCUGCAGAGCCGGAGCCUGGCCGCGCUCUUCGACUCGCUGCGCCACGUCCCCGGGGGCGCCGAGCCGGCUGGGGGCUCAGUGGCGGCGCCCGCGGCCGGGCUCGGCGGAGCUGGCGCUGGGGGCGCGGGAGGGGACGCGGCCGGCCCCGCGGGGGGUACGGCGGUCCCGGGCGCCAGGAAGGUCCCGCUGCGCGCCCGCAACCUGCCCCCGUCCUUCUUCACCGAGCCGUCCCGGGCGGGCGGCGGCGGCGGCGGGUGCGGCCCGUCGGGGCCCGUCGUGAGCUUGGGCGACCUGGAGAAGGGCGCGGAGGCCGUGGAGUUCUUCGAGCUGCUGGCGCCCGACUACGGCACCGGCACCGAGGCGGGCGUCCUCCUCGCCGCGGAGCCUCUCGAUGUGUUCCCCACUGGAGCCGCCGCCCUGCGGGGACCCCCGGAGCUGGAGCCCGGCCUCUUUGAGCCGCCGCCGGGGAUGGUGGGGAGCCUACUGUAUCCCGAGCCGUGGGGCGCCCCGGGCUGCCCCUCGACCAAGAAGCCGCAGCUAGCUGCCCCCCGUGGCGGCUUGACCUUGAACGAGCCUUUGCGCCCCCUGUACCCCGCCGCCGCGGACUCUCCCGGCGGGGAGGAUGCGCCCGGCCUCUUGGCCUCUUUCGCCCCCUUCUUCUCAGACUGCGCCCUGCCGCCGGCGCCGCCGCCGCAUCAGGUGUCCUACGAUUACAGCGCGGGCUACGGCCGCACGGCGUACUCCAGCCUCUGGAGAGCGGACGCCGAUUGGGAAGGGGCGCCCGGGGAGGAGGGGGCGCACCGGGACUGACUGCGAGGUCCCCUUCCCUCCCAUUGGAGACUGCUGGGGGAGCUCCCGCCGCCGGGUCUCUCCGAAGCGUAAAGAACGGUGGGGAAAUGCACAUGGAGAUGAAACGGGAUUUAAAAAAAAUGAGUUAAUAAAAACAACUUCAGAAAAAGAGAUGAAGAGGAGUUGGGGGUUGAUUUAUCACAGUCUCAAGUGUUUUUAAAAAAGAGAAGCCGUUGGUAGGUUCUUACUGGAACAGACGAGCCAAGAAACCAAGACGGGGUUUGGGGAAAGGGCUGGGGAUGGCGGAAGGGGCAAGAGGUGGCUUGUGUAGCCACCUGUCCCUUCUCCAAUUUUCCAGCAAAAGGUCAGUGUAUUUAGUGUAAUUGCCCCUUUCAAACAGUGCCCUCUUCCCUCCCCUUUGAGUGCAUUAUGAAUUAAAGCCUACGUUGAAAGAA